AAUCAAAACUCGUUUUCGUUGGGGUACAGAAACACUGCUCCCUCGUUCUUUCCCAGUCAGGGAUGAGGAGGAGCUCACGAGAGCACACGCAAUAGAAAAUGGCCAUAGCUAUAGAGUGGAGGAAAGAUGCCCUGCUUCGCCGGAAGUCCGCGUGUGGUGCGCUAGCUAGAGCCCUGUGGAGAGGAAAGACACACAACGUGCGACGAAUGAGAUCCGGGGCCUGGUGAAUCCUUCUGCGCGCGCUCCUCCCAGCAGCAAUACCCAAAACGAAAGAAACACAUGGCGGUAAUGUAGAACGACAACAAGAACAACCGCAAGUGGAGCCAAAAGUUGAAGAACCUGUUCAGAACAACAACGAUACCAUGCCGGUCGAUGAUGCAGGCGAAGACUCCGAGGGAGGAAUCGGCGCCAAGAUGCGCAAGAUCUUUGCCAACCGCAAGAAUCUGAGCGCGGCCGAUCGUAAGCGUCUCGAGAAGGAGCGCAAGGCUCGCCAGCUGCGCCGUUUGCGUAAGCUGCUGACUCCGAAGAAUGCCGUCGUGGCUCUCCACGAGCUGCAAGGACCCGGAAUGAGCGAGUUCACCAUCAACACCAAUGGCCAGGAGACGACGGCUGAAAUCGUGGUCAACAACGUGCGCUACGAGGCCACCGCUCCGAACAAACAUCUGGCCAAGGCUCGUGCUUCGGAAAAGGCUCUGCGUGAUCUGGUCAUUGCCCAGAUGGCCAAGGCUCGUCAGACUUCUGAAAGCAAGGCCCCUGCUGCGAACAAUGGCAACAACGGUAAUGCCACCAGCAAUGAAGAUGUUGAAAUGUCCGACGUGUCGGAAAGCGAUGAUGUACCAAUGUUGCAUUUGGCUUCGUACGCCUUGUACAAGCUGUUCAACGAGUGGCAGAAUGAGGGUUUCGAAAUUCCGGCCAUCAAGCCCGCCAAAGCGCCAGUCAAGCUCACCGAAACCGGUGUCCAUCCAUUGGCCCCGAAGGUGCCAAAGACCAAGGCUGAUAUUCCCUCGGAUGCGCCUACCCGACACCCAACUGCUCUUCUUGCAUUUAUGCGCCCGCAAAUCCCGUACGAGGAUCUUGGCUCGAACAACAGCAACGAUCCGGCCAAGCGGGAGUUCUCCGUCGGAGUGACUGUCGAUGGGCAACGUUUCAUUGGUAAGGCCCGUUCGAAGAAAUUGGCACGCAAGGAGGCUGCCGCCGCCGCAUGCCGACAACUGUUUGACGUGCAGUUUGUCGACACUGGCGCCACCGAAUAAGUCCAAUCUCUUCGAUAAAAUAGUACACACAAAACAGUUAAAUUAUGAAAAACCAACUCCCCCUCCAUAGUCCCCGCUUUCCCUUGAAUGAAUGCACCUGAGGGAAGCGCUCCCGCAGACACAUUCUUUUAUUUUUAUUUUAAAAAGACGAUAGAACCUUAUAGGCUCAUUGUGUAUGUAAAAGUAUAGGUUUUAAGUUUUUCUUCCGCGUGCGGAAGGUCGCGCGAAAUUAAGCAUCUUGGUUUGUACUGUUCUGACAUUUUAACAUUGUGUAAUCCAACAUUUGACAAAAUGUACUAACACAUGCAAUGCGUCUCAUCUGAGUUCUCGAUCUUUGGCCGCCGAUGGUCGAGGAGACGAUGGGAACGACGCAAUUCAAGUAUUCCAAGUUUGUGAACAACAGUGUGAAUCAUUUAGACAGCACUUGACGAUACGAUUUGAUUGUAGAAUAUAUAGGUACUACUCUGUCUUAA